CCUCUUACCGAGAUGAGGUCCCGACGCCGGUGCAUUUGUCUACCCGUUUGAUUACAGCAAAACUUGUCAGUAACGAAGGAAUGCGAGAGGACGAGUUAGUUUUAGCAAUAACUAAUAGCAAGGAUGAGAAUAAGGAAAGAGUUUUUUCAUUGACAAACGAGAGUUGAAGAGGCUGAUUUCGACUGGAUUGUUUGUCGUCUAGUUUCACUGUAGAGAAAUCAGUUGAACCUGAAUCUAUGACUAUGACACUUACCAAAACUCUGUCAUUAUCUAAAAGACGGAUGUCCGUGUUAUUGUUCUACGGACUGUGGCUGUACCUGAACGCUUUUAAAUCGGCAGAUGCCAUCCACCCCGACUGUGCCUCGGUGGCUCAUCACAUGCAGGCUCAGGAAGCCUGCCUGAAGACUCGCAGACGGGAGAGCCGCAACCGAUCCACCGCGACAGGCUGCCGGACGGAGUGGGAUGAUAUUCGCUGCUGGUACCGUGCCGAGGUGGGCCAGGUCGUUAGCGUCUCCUGCGCUAACGUGUCCCAGCUCUUUGCCAACAACCAAGGUCGCAUCUACAGGAACUGUACAAAGGACGGCUGGACAGACCUGUACCCCUCGUACGAGGAGGCUUGCGAGUUUGCCGAGGAUGCGGAGACGGAGACUGAGACAACGUACUUCUCGACCUUCCAACAGGUGUACACGGCGGGCUACGCCACCUCCCUCAUCACCCUCAUCAGUGCCAUCUUUGUUUUCACCGUGUUCAGGAAGUUCCACUGCACCAGGAAUUACAUCCACAUCAACCUGUUCUCCUCCUUUAUCCUGAGAGCCAGCGCGGUCUUCGUCAAAGACGGGGUGCUGUUCGCUGACGAGAACCUAGACCACUGCUUCAUGUCCACGACUUCCUGCAAGUCGGCGGUGGCCUUCUUCCAGUUUAGCAUCCUGGCUAACUACUUCUGGCUCCUGGUGGAAGGCAUGUACCUCCAGACCUUGCUGGCCCUCACCUUCGUCUCCCAGAAGAAGUAUUUCUGGUGGUACACUCUCAUCGGCUGGGGUCUCCCAGCUCUUAUACUGAUGGUGUGGGUCCUGACGCGCAACUUUUACGACAACCGAGGAUGUUGGGAUGACACGGAUGUGGCCUUUAUCUGGUGGAUCAUCAAAGGACCCAUUACUGCAUCACUACUGGUCAAUUUCAUAAUCUUCAUCAACGUGAUUCGAAUUUUGGUCCAAAAGCUCAAAUCUCCCGGUGUUGGAGGGAACGACACCAGUCAUUUCAUGAGACUGGCCAAAUCCACUCUUUUCCUGAUCCCUCUGUUUGGGAUGCACUACAUGGUGUUUGCCUUCCUACCGGAGAACACGGGAGAGGAGGCCCGUAUCUUCAUAGAACUGGGCCUCGGCUCCUUCCAGGGCUUCGUUGUGGCUCUGCUGUACUGUUUCCUCAACGGAGAAGUUCAAGCAGAGCUGAAGAAGAGGCUGUGGAAGUGGCAGACUCAGGGCUACCUGAGCUACAGCAAGCGGCGUCGCACCCUGUUCACCGAGAGCAGCACCGUCACCCAGAUCUCCGUCCUGGAGAAGUCCAGCCCCAAGGGGCCCCCCAACACGGACACCCUGGUCAACAACACCAUGUCCUCGGUCUGAAAGGAGGCAACAACAACAACAAAAACCCGCCUCUCUCUCCUCUUCAUCUACCUCUCCUCCU